UGAAUUUUUGGGCACGCCUGAUUUAGUUAAUGCCUAACUUCCACAGGAAAGCUCUUGGAAUGUUGCUUUCACUUUUAACUACCGCUAAAACUGCGUCGCUAGCAGAAGAACAGAACGCUUUCAUAAAGCAGAAUCUGUAUUAAUUUUCUGAGGGGGAAAUUGUGAAAAUGAAGCUUCUCUGUAAGGCGCUUGCAGGAAUCUUGUUUUUACUCGACCACGUUGCAUCUGGUGUUGGAUCAGAUGAACUGCCGGUGCCUGUGAUGGAGGGAGAUUCAGUCAUUUUUCACACUGGUGUUGAAACAAACCAACAAGAAGAUAUAAAGUGGUAUUUCAGCAGCACUCGCAUCGCUCAAAUCAAUGGAGCUCUCAGUUUUAUCUGUACAGAUGUUCAGUGUAAUAAUGGCACUGAGAGAUUCAGAGACAGACUGAAGCUGGACAAUCAGACUGGAUCUCUGACCAUCACAAACACCAGAACCACAGACUCUGGACUUUAUGCACUGAAGAUCAUCAGUAGAAGCAGCAGCAGGGAAAAAACCUUCAAUGUUAUUGUCAAUAGUGUUCCCGCUGCUGAGCGAGAUGAAGUGAAGAGAAACGAGGGAGAAUCUGUCACUUUAGAUUCAGGUGAAAUAAGAAAACCAAAUGAUGUGAUGACAUGGUUUUUUAAUGACACUCCCAUCGCUCAAAUUACUGGUGAUCCCAAUAAAAGCUGUACAGAUGUUCAGUGUAAAGAUGGUGAUGAGAGAUUCAGAGACAGACUGAAGCUGGAUCAUCAGACUGGAUCUCUGACCAUCAUGAACAUCACAACCACAGACUCUGGACUCUAUAAACUACAGAUCACCAGCAGCAGAAACAGCAGCAGUACUGACACCAUUAAGAGCUUUAAUGUUACUAUCACUUCAAAAAGAUCCUAA